AUGCGGAAGAACAAGUGUCAUGGAGAAGCAGUUACAGAAGGAACACGUGGUAGUGGUAGUGGUAGCGGUAGCGGUAGCGAUGACAUUCUCACCUUCCACUUUUCAGCAACUGGUGUUCUUCUCUCAAUUUUUCUGCUUCUGCAUUUUGCUCACUCUUCCCAAUCCUCCUCGCUCUCACCAUCUUCCUUUUGUUCCCAGUCAAACCUCACAACCAUGGGAAGUAAAAACCAAUGUCAAUUAUCAAAGAUGAAUUCUAAUGUUUCCAGCUUAGGAUGUUUCUUUGGAUUACUUGACGCCAACUUAUUUGUGGAUAAACAGAUUAGGGAGAUGUCUGAGGGUGCAAAUGAAUUCAAUAUUCCAAUCAUAAAAGCAAAUAGAAAACUUGUUGCUUGUGAGAAUGGGGGGCUGCAUUAUCCUUCUCCUUUAGUUUUCAAUGCUAAUUGGAACUCUGAACCUUUUCAUUAUGAAAACCAAAGAUUCAACUAUCCGUCCAUCUCUGGAGUUCAGAGACCUGAAUCUGAAGAUGAUAUUGCCUUUAUGAGUGUUCUUGAGUUAGGUGAACUCAUCAAAACAAAACAAAUCAGUUCUCAGCAGCUUACACAAAUAUUUUUGCGCAGACUCAAAAAGUACAAUCCUACUCUUGAAGCUGUAAUUACUUAUACCGAAGAGUUAGCACAGGAGCAAGCGAAAGAAGCAGAUAAGUUGCUCGAGCAGGGAGUCUAUCUGGGGCCUCUUCAUGGAAUUCCUUACGGAUUGAAGGACAUAAUAUCAGUGCCCAAAUACAAAACGACCUGGGGAUCAAAAUCGUUUAAAAAUCAAAUUAUUGACAUGGAAGCUUGGGUCUAUAAAAGGUUGAAGUCUGCCGGGGCUGUUCUUGUUGCAAAGCUUGUCUCUGGAUCAUUGGCAUAUGAUGAUAUCUGGUUUGGUGGCAGAACUAGGAAUCCAUGGAAUAUUGUGGAAUUUUCUACUGGUUCAUCUGCUGGACCUGCGGCAAGCACCUCAGCAGGUAUGGUUCCAUUUGCAUUUGGUACAGAAACAGCUGGAUCCAUAACUUAUCCUGCAGCUCGAUGUGGAGUAACAGCAUUGCGCCCAACUUUUGGAACUAUUGGUCGAAGUGGUGUAAUGAGCAUUUCAGAAAGCUUGGAUAAGCUUGGCCCUUUCUGUAGAUCUGCAACUGAUUGUGCUAUUAUUCUCGAUAUUGUUCGGGGAAGAGAUCAUGAUGACCCCUCGUCAAAAGAUAUCUCCUUUGAUGAUCCAUUCCUGGUUGACAUUACUAAGUUGACUGUUGGAUAUCUUGAUGAUGCUGAAAUGGAGGUUGUUCAUGUCCUUGCAUCAAAAGGUGUCAAGAUGGUCCCUUUCAAACUGAAUUACACAGUUGAUUCUGUUCAAGGUAUCUUAAAUUUCACAAUGGACGUUGACAUGCUGGCCCACUUUGAUGAGUGGCAACGCUCAGGUGAGGAUAAUGUGUAUGAAGCCAAAGAUCAGUGGCCCACUGAACUACGCCGAGCUCGCAUAAUUCCUGCAGUGGACUAUGUGCAGGCACAAAGAGCUCGGGGAAGGCUAAUAAAGGAAAUAAGAGAGUCCUUCACUGUGGAUGCAUUCAUUGGCAAUGCAACUGAUUGGGAGAGAGUUUGUGUUGGAAAUCUUGUUGGUUUACCAGUCAUAGUAGUGCCAACAGGACUUAAAAAUAUCUCUCAUCCUCCACCUGGUGGCACUAGAAGAAGAACUACAAUCACCACUGGCAUUUAUGCUCCCCCUAGCCAUGAUCACGUUGCUCUGGCGCUGGCAAUGGCUUACCAAUCUGUCACCCACCACCAUAAACAGCGUCCACCUAUCAAUGAUCUCGGGCCAAAUGAUAAGAUUCCUGAUCCAGUUACUGGUAGUACCUACCCUCCCAGGGUUUUUGGCUUAGUUCCUUGA